CCACAGAGGGAGUCACUCAGAGACAGACUACCGGGCAUCAAGGGAGAUUUAACGGGACUGAAACCUGCUCUUAAAUAAGCAAAGCGCAAUUCUUCUUUUUUUCUGUAAGAGGAAAUUUCCUCCUUGGAAUAUUUUAGAAAUAGCAGCUACGGAGAGCGGCGAUGAGUUUCAACUUUCAUCACUUGAAUCUGAAACAAAAAGCACGCGCUGGAUGACUGUUUCUAACCGCGGAUCAUUUCGGAUCCGCAGAUUUCUAAUUGAAUAGUUUUUAAGUGUUCAUGAAGUUUUAAGAUUUGUCAGUAAUACUGGGGCUUCCCCGGGGCGUGAUUGGACGCGGUGGAGUAUGUGGCAUUCCUGCGUUAUUUGUAACCCAGCAACUCUCCCAGUGAAACACCAGAUGAACAAAUCCUCUUAAUGACGCUUCUCAUUGCAGCUGCGAUUGAAAAAGGGGUUUGCUUUGCGCAUGCGCGCCACCCCCUUCUACCUGAGAGGAGCGCACCUGGAACCAACGAGACGGAAGUUCGUCGAAGUCAGAGGGAAUCCUUUUUUUUUAAUGUUUUUCAAAAGUAAUUUUUUUGUGUGAAAUUAAAGCAGCAAAUAGGUUUUCAGCAGGAUGUUAGAUCCCUGGAUGUUUUUCGUUUAUGGAUUGCCAAGCGUAAACUUCAAUUCAGCGACUUAAGCUUGAUCUUUGUCCACAACCAGCCGCAGCCAAUAAAAAAAAGAAUGACCUUUUUCCGAAGAGUACUCCGAAGACCACUUCACCCACUAAAACUGGUUAUAGUGACCCUAGUGUUUGUCACAUUUCUGUUCUUUAUACAAUGGGAAGUUGGGACUCAAAGCCAAGAGGAUGAUCCCUGGCUAAAGGAGAUGGCAGUGAAGCGUGACAGCAUGCUGGGAAUGGUUAUAGGGGCUGUCAAUAACUUUAAGCAUGCAAUGCCAAAGAACCAGAUCAAAGCCCCAGUACGACAACGGGAUACACCAGGGGCUGCCUCCUGCCUGCCAGGUCACUACACUGCUGCUGAGCUCAGACCGGCUCUGGAGAGGCCACCUCAGAAUCCCCUUUCUCCUGGAGCCGCUGGUAAACCUUUCCAUACAGAUUCACUCAGUCCUGAAGAGCAGAAGGAGAAGGACAGGGGUGAUGAGAAGCACUGCUUCAAUGUUUACGCCAGCGAUCGCAUCUCUCUGAGUCGAGACCUGGGAGCUGAUACAAGACCGCCGGAAUGCAUUGAGCAAAAGUUCAAGCGGUGCCCCCCCUUGCCCACCACCAGCGUGAUUAUUGUGUUUCACAACGAGGCUUGGAGCACUCUGCUGAGGACGGUUUACAGUGUCCUCCACACUUCCCCUGCAAUUUUCCUCAAGGAGAUCAUCCUGGUAGACGACGCCAGCGUGGAUGAUGUAUUGAAGGACGAGCUGGAUGAAUAUUUGAAGCAGCUGAGCAUCGUUCGAGUGGUCCGACAGCGAGAAAGGAAAGGACUCAUAACCGCUCGCUUGCUGGGUGCCUCUGUGGCCACCGGCGACACGCUCACCUUUCUCGACGCACAUUGUGAAUGUUUUCAUGGAUGGCUGGAGCCUCUGCUGGCAAGAAUUGCUGAGAAUUACACCGCCGUAGUGAGUCCUGAUAUAACAACUAUUGAUCUAAACACGUUUGAGUUCAUUAAACCUUCCCCAUAUGGGCAAAACCACAAUCGGGGCAACUUUGACUGGGGUCUCUCUUUUGGCUGGGAGACUCUACCAGACCAUGAGAAGCAGAGAAGAAAAGAUGAAACGUAUCCCAUCAAGACUCCCACAUUUGCUGGUGGACUCUUUUCAAUCUCUAAGGAAUAUUUUUACCACAUUGGAAGCUAUGAUGAAGAAAUGGAAAUCUGGGGUGCUGAAAACAUUGAGAUGUCAUUCAGGGUGUGGCAGUGUGGUGGACAGCUGGAGAUUAUCCCUUGUUCUAUUGUCGGUCAUGUUUUCCGGACCAAAAGUCCACACACGUUCCCUAAGGGCACACAGGUGAUUGCUCGGAACCAGGUACGACUGGCAGAGGUCUGGAUGGAUGAGUACAAGGAGAUAUUUUACCGUCGCAACCAGCAAGCUGCACAAAUGGCAAAGGACAAACAAUAUGGAAAUAUUUCCAAACGGUUGGAUCUGAGGGAAAAGUUGCAGUGCAAAAGUUUCUCCUGGUUUCUGAACAACAUUUAUCCAGAAGUCUUCAUGCCUGAUCUGAACCCACUCCGCUUUGGCUCGGUAAAGAAUGUGGGCAGAGGCACAUGUCUGGAUGCUGGAGAGAACAACGAGGGAGGGAAACCGCUGAUUAUGUACCCAUGUCAUGGACUAGGUGGAAACCAGUACUUCGAGUACUCCACACGUCACGAGAUUAGACACAAUAUUCAGAAGGAACUGUGUUUGCAUGGGGCAGUGAUUGCUGUGAAGCUGGAAGACUGCCAGUACAAAGGGAGGAAUACAUUCGUAGGAGCCCAACAAAAAUGGGAGCUAAAGGAAAAUCAGUUGCUCUACUUGCCAGGAUUGAACAUGUGUCUGAGUGCUCGUCACGAGGAUCCAUAUUUGGCUCCAUGCAGUCCCUCAGACAGAUAUCAGCACUGGUCCAUUGUCUGAGUGUUCAAACCACUGCUUUGCAAAUGUCUGCUUUGUAUGCAUAAAGCAUAUAAGGAUAUAAUUUAUGCAGCCUUUUUUAGAUUAAAAACCACAUUGAAUUUUAAUUUAUUUUUUUUUAUAAAAGGAUUAAGUUGUGCUGCUAUUGGUGCUGCUAUAAAGUUUUGGCUUUGGAAGAAUCCAUCGUGUGCCACUGUUACAAGAAUGCAUACAAGAAACCCAAAAAUUGUGCCUUUUUGUUUAAAAUGUCCUUAAAACUAAAUCACAGAAAUAGUUUGGGAUUUAAAGCCAGCAAGUAAUUCAGCAGGAUGGUAAUAUGAAUUUACAAGAGCAUGCAUUACAAACAAGACAGUCAAAGUGGUUUUAUAAAGAUGUUGGCAAAGAGAUGGACCAUAUUUACAAAUGCCUCUUUAAGAAUGCCAAGUUCUUUGGAUCUCUAAUUUUUAAUUUUUUGUUUUUAUUUUUCAGUAUUUUUUGUCUUAUGAAAUUGGUAAAGGUUGGGUCAUUUUUGUUGGGAAAAACAUCUGAGGUUGCUAUAUUUAAGGUAAAGCAAUUUAACUUUUUUAGGACCUAUUUUUUUUAUAAUGUGAAUUAACUGUAUAAGAACAGCUUUUUGCCAGUUUGAGUGCAAGAGUUUACACAUAAAAAAAACAAAACUGACAGUAACUGCAAACAGAUGUCCUGCCUUGUAAAAAAGAGCAGUUUAUAUUCAUUAAGAUUUAUUUUCAAAAUCA